AUGAUGAUUAGUUCAAAUAAACCUAGAUCGUUGGGUAUGUCAACAGAACAUACUUUGACAGGUAGAUCUACCAUUGGCAGAAAGAUGAUGGAGAAGAUGGGGUGGAAGGAUGGUAUGGGUCUUGGUGCAACCAACGAAGGUGAUACAGAAUUUAUCAAGGGAAAGAUGAAGUAUGCAAACUUUGGUAUCGGUGCAAAUGCUACCAAUACUCGUGCAUCCGUCUUUAUCAAUGCUGACUAUUCCGUAUCAUCUGUAACUCAUAAAGGCAAAUACGGUGAAGAUUUCGAUGAUCUUUUAUAUCGUAUGAGUAAAUCAAAUGGUCAACAAGAAGAAGAAGAAGAAGAAGAAGAAGAAGAAGAAGAGAAAGAUAAAUCAACUAAAAAUAAGAGAAAGAACAAAUCAAAAGAAGAUAAAUCAACAAAGAAAAAGAAAUUAGAAAAGAAUAGUGAUAAUGAAACAAGUAGUGAUAGUGAUAGUAAUAGUAAUAGUAGUGAAAGUGAAAGCGAAAGUGAAAGUGACUCUUCUAGUUCAUCUUCCUCUUCAUCAUCUGAUAGCAGUUCAGAUUCAGAUAGUUCAUCGGAUGAUGACUCUUCAUCAGAUUCAUCAUCGUCCGAUUCAGAUUCAUCAUCUUCUGAAUCAGAAGUAGAAACCAAAAAAGUAAAGACAAGUGACGAAAGCAGUAGCAGUGAAAGUGAAAGUGAAAGUGAAAGCGAUAAUAAUAGUAAAACGAAAAAGGCAAAGAAAUCAUCACCAACCACAACGUCUGACAGUAGUAGUAGUGACUCUGAAUCUGAAUCUGACUCUGACUCUAGCAGUGUUAGUAGCAGUGACGAUUCGGACUCUGACUCCUCCAGUAGUGAAGAGGAAACUAAAAAGAAAAAGAAAUCCAAUGAUGAUUCCAGUUCAGAUAGUAGCUCGGACAGUAGUAGCGACGAUUCAGAUUCCAGUUCCGAUGAUAGCAGUAGAAGUAGCAGUAGCAGUGAAAGUGAAAGUGACUCUUCAAGUAGCGAGGAAUCAAGUAGUGAAGAAGAAAAGAAGCAACCAGCAGCAAAGAAAUCUUCUUCUUGGGUUGGAAAUAUUAGAUAUCAUAAAAUUAUGAAGGCCAAGAAUGUCAAAAACUAUAGUCAAGAAGAUUUAAAUGCAAUUUUGGGUAUUCGUCCAGACAAGGCCGAAAGAGGUGUCAAUUUUCAUGAAAAAGUUAGAAAGGAAACUACUGAAAAUCAAAAUUGUGUCGUCGUCAUCCGUCUUGUCUGUGCCAUAAACAAAAGUCAAUUUUCGAUGGCUGAGUUUCCUAGGAAACUUGGGAAUCCCUCUAGAUAUGUUCAUUAUUGUCUCAUUCCAAAGUUGAUAAGGUCUCAUUCCAAGGUUAAUGUCGAUGCAAAAUCAAAACAAGUUUGGGCAUUAAUUGUGAUCGUAUAA